AUGGCUACCACCGCGCCGCCCAAGGCCAAGCACGACUGGGCCGACGACGACGACAUCGAGGAAGUCUCCUCUGAUCUUCCGCCUCCCCAGACCAUCUCUAAUAAAGAUGGUACCAAGACCAUCAUCACAUUCCGAUACAACGAUCAGGGCCAGAAAGUAAAGACCACUCGUCGGAUUCGCUAUGUCACCCAAACCGAGACAGUCAACCCCCGCGUCGCCAACCGGAAAACGUGGGCCAAGUUCGGCUUGAGCGCCAAAGAUCCCGCGGGACCUGCCCCCGAUACCACCUCCGUCGGUGAGAACAUCAUCUUCCGACCAAGCGUCUCCUGGCGCAAGGAUUCCAAGGAGGAGGGCGCCGACGCGAACGCCCAGGCCAUGAAGGACAAGCUCAGGGACAAGAAGGUCAAGUGCCGUAUCUGCAAUGGCGAGCACUUUACAGCCAGAUGUCCCUACAAGGACACCAUGGCGCCUGUUGGAGAAACGAGCGGCGCAGAUGCGCCCGCCGGUAUGGCGGAGGAUCUAUCCGCUGCCACUGGCGCUGCCGGGUCUGGGAAGAAGGGCUCAUACGUUCCGCCUGCUCUGCGUGGCGCGGGAGGAGCUGCCGGAGAGCGCAUGGGCGGAUCAAAAUACGGCGAGAGGGACGACUUUGCGACACUGCGUGUCACCAACGUCUCAGAGAUGGCAGAGGAAUCAGAGCUGCGCGAUAUGUUCGAGCGUUUCGGUCGUGUCACCAGAGUCUUCCUUGCCAAGGACCGGGAAACUGGUAUGGCCAAGGGUUUCGCCUUCAUCAGCUUCGCAGACCACAGCGACGCUGUCACGGCAUGCAACAAGAUGGACGGAUUUGGUUUCAAGCAUCUCAUUCUCAGGGUCGAGUUUGCCAAGAAGGCUCAGUAA